AUGUGCAAGUCUUAUGAUGUGAUAGUCUUGAUGUCCAAGUCUUAUGAUGUGAUAGUCUUGAUGUGCAAGUCUUAUGAUGUGAUAGUUUUGAUGUGCAAGUCUUAUGAUACGAUAGUCUUGAUGUGCAAGUCUUAUGAUACGAUAGUCUUGAUGUGCAAGUCUUAUGAUAUUAUGGUCUUGAUGUGCAAGUCUUAUUAUACGAUAGUCUUGAUGUGCACGUCUUAUGAUAUGAUGGUCUCGAUGUGCACGUCUUAUGAUGUGAUAGUUUUGAUGUGCACGUCUUAUGAUACGAUAGUUUUGAUGUGCAAGUCUUAUGAUACGAUAGUCUUGAUGUGCAAGUCUUAUGAUAUGAUGGUCUUGAUGUGCAAGUCUUAUUAUACGAUAGUCUUGAUGUGCACGUCUUAUGAUAUGAUGGUCUCGAUGUGCACGUCUUAUGAUGUGAUAGUUUUGAUGUGCACGUCUUAUGAUACGAUAGUUUUGAUGUGCAAGUCUUAUGAUACGAUAGUCUUGAUGUGCAAGUCUUAUGAUAUGAUGGUCUUGAUAUGCAAGUCUUAUGAUACGAUAGUCUUGAUGUGCACGUCUUAUGAUGUGCAAUUAUGUUUUGUCUUGAUAUUCAAUGUGGUAUGA